GGCAGACUGGUUCCUUCUGGACAGCCGGACGGUUCGCCACGCUGCCAUCGGCUUGUUCUGCUGCGGGGUCUCAGUCUACCUCACAGCUCUCGCCAUCUACAUGCUGCUGCUGUUUGAACUGGAGGCUGGCAUUGCCAGCGCUUGCAUCCUCUCCUCUGGCAUCAUCGUCCUGCUCAUCACGGUGACGCACGCCCUGGUUCGGGCUUCCCAGGUUUCGCGCCGCGGCCGCUCCGAGGUGUCUCACGCCCUGUACGAGAACGACUCUGCCCAGCACGGCGAAUCCUCCACCAGCGAUCUGAACAACAAGAACACGGCUGCGCCCCGGCCCCGGCCCGAGAUCCACCGGGAAUUUUCCUUCCCUCCUUUCCUGGAGCGCAAAUCCCAGCUGGGCUCUCCGGCCAGCAGCAACCUCACCUCCUCGGGCAGCCCCGGGCUUCGCUCCGAGAAGGAGAGCUACAACCUGCCCCGAACGCACAGGACGCUGUCGGCAGAGUCCGGGCUGCUGCAGGCACAGGGCAAGCCCUGGAACGGCGUCACGCAGGAGAUGAGGAACAUGCUGUCCCGCAAACCGGGAGCCUCAGGCAAGGACUCGACUCUGGUGUGA